AUGGGCGCGCUCGGCGACGGCGCCGCGGUCGUCGCGCCGCCGGGCGACGCGGCCGCGGCCGCGGCUCCGGGCUGCUCCGCGGCGGCGGCGGCUGCGAGCGCAGCUGCAAUGUCCAUUGUCGGCUCGCCGGCGUCCACGGCUGCCGCUGGGCUGCUCGCACGCUCUUGCGGCGCUGGCUCGUUGGCAGCCCCGUCGCCCGCACCUGAGUUAGGCAGGCCAAAGCAGAGGGAGCCGCACGCGGUAGACGGCGAGGCUCCGUUGGCGGCCCCGCUGCGCAGCGCCGACGGCUGCGGCGAGCGGCUGGGGGAUGCGCACGGCGCGGCUGCCUCCGCGCCAGCGCUGGUCGGGGCGGGCACUGCGCUGCCAAAGCUGAUGGAGCCCUGUGGCACCCCCGUGGAUGAUGGGGAUGGCGGCGCAGCAACCGACGGCGCAGCGGCCCUCGGCGAGUGCCGCGGGCUGGCGGCUGGCGGCGGGGACGCCGCGCCCGCUGCGCUGCGCAGCGCCGACGACUGCGGCGACCGGCUGGCGGGCGAGUGCGGCGCGGCUGCAGCAGCGCUGGUCGGCGCAGGCACAGCGCUGCCAAAGCUGAUGGAGCCCUGCGGCACCCCCGUGGAUGACGGGGAUGACGGCGCAGCGGCCAAUGGCGCGGCAGCCCGCGGCGAGCGCCGUGGGCUGCCUGCCGGCGGCAGGGACGCCGCGGCCGGUGAACGCCUGGCAGGCGAGUGCGGCGCGGCUGCAGCAGCGCCCACGCUGGUCGGCGCGGGCACUGCGCUGCCAAAGCUGAUGGAGCCCUGCGGCACCCCCAUGGAUGACGGGGAUGACGGCGCAGCGGCCAAUGGCGCGUCAGCCCGCGGCGAGCGCCGUGGGCUGCCUGCCGGCGGCAGGGACGCCGCGCCCUCAGCGGCGCCAGGCGCGGCGGCGGCGGCGGCCGGCGGCGGCGCGCCGCUGCGGGCCAAGGGGUGA